UUUUUUUUUUUUUCAAUUAAAAAUAUGGCGGCUGUCGUACCAUCAGCCGAUAUGACGAUUCAGAAGAAUUCUCAAAUUUUAGUUAAUGUGGAAGAAGCUUUGGCUGAUUUGCUCGUCGUGUCUUAUUGCAGUGAAAAUAAAAAGUUUCAAGGUGUUCUCCUAGAUUCCAACAAAGGUAAUCUGCCUUUUGGAGUCUAUAGUCUUCAUCCAGCAUUUACUAAAAAAUCAGCUGAUACCCAAAAUGAACAAGAUAAGCUCUAUUCUGCUAGCCAAAGAUUUUCGUAUCAAGAGCCUCAAUACGCUUCAGAAAAUGACCAGAAGUCUAAAAAAAUUGGACCCAAGGGCAAAGCACAACAAAGGCAAAAGAUGACGGUACGACUUCGACCGAGAAAGGUCUUGUGUUCCAAUUGCCAAGGGAUUUGCAACGAAAACAGUGAAAAUGUGGACGUGUCUAAAAAACGCAAAUUAGAUUCCGAUGACGAUGUGCAAGACUCUGAGUCAUCGCAUCACGGGAAAAAGUACCUCGUGGGCAGCAUGCUGAUUCCCAAGCUAUCACGAUUACACCCUAAGGAAAUAUCAAAUGCUAUCAAAGGUGGUUCCAAAAAUUCUAAUAAGACUAGUGAAAAGACUAAUAAACUUAAAAGUGAGAAACCUGCUGAUGAUGAAGGAGUGACGCAAGAGCUUGCCUUUGUCAGUGUUCCUGAAGGCGACGAUUGCCUCAGGCCUGACUCAAAGGAUGACAGGGAUGAGGCACCAUUUAGUUCCAUGUUCUCAAGUGCUCGCACCCUCAAAAUAUGUUUCGGGGAAGGCGAAGGCACCGUUGUGAAAAUACCACCAUUAUCAGGAGAGUUCAAUGAAGAUUCUGGAGUUUCCUGUGAUAUGGCAAAACCUACUAAACCAAAUGCAAAAUCAUCAAAGAAAGCCAUGAAAAAGGCAAAGAAAUAUGCUAAAAAACAAAGCCCAACAGAAACAGAUCCCUGGAUGGAACAGUCUCCUAAGCAUGUAGGGGCGUUGUCUCCAAGAAAUGUUUCAAACCAACCCACAACAGAUCCGUUAGAAAAAAAACACAGAAUUAAACACAAAAAAAAGUACAAAGCCCAGAAAAAACGUGAUGAAAACACAAGUAAAUGUACAGAUAGUGAAUCUAAGGACUAUUUUAGUGAUAUAAAGGACCACUGUUUAAAUCAGAAACUGUCAAUUAGCUUGCGAAGACUCAGCGGUGACUCAUGUGAGAAUAAAUAUGAGAAAGAUGGUUUGGAGAGUGACUCUGAUGACUGUGAGAGUGAGGUAGUGCCAGAUUUUCCUGCCAAUGGGCCAGAGGGCAAUGGAGGGCGUAACAUACGGGUUUCUCCAGGGGACGUGGUGUGGGGCAAGGUGGUGGGAUUCCCCUGGUGGCCGGGCCGCGUCCUCAGUAUCUCUCCGACGUCACGAGCUCAUGUUGCGUGGUACGCUUCUACUACAUCAUCAAUGAUGCCAUGUGAUAGUUUGAGUCCAUUUUUAGAAGAUUUUAAGAUACGCUUUAAGAAGAAAAAGAGAGGUCCAUACAAAGAGGCUGUGAAACAAGCAACGCUAGAAGCAAAAAGAUGUGAAUCUCAUAUGAGUGAUCCGCUAGCCAGUCCUACGCACCCGAACCUCACUGCCAUGUCACCCCGUGCUAUAGAUGUGUUCUCGUAAUUUACUAAGGUAUUUGGUACGAAUUUAUUCAAAUUGAUGUGAUAUUAUAUGGACUUGGUUGUCUGCACAAAUAACGGCUGGAGCCAUGCCAAAGUGAACUAUGAGUUCUGUGUUAUAUAAAAAAUUAUGAUUUAUGUUAUAUUUUUUAUGUAUUGUAUAGUCAAGUGCACACUUGCAAUUUUGUUUCAGCCUAUUUUUAAAAAUUAUACAGGUACAUUCAUAGUCAAAAGUGAAGAUGGACAUUUUGACUAUACAUUACAUCAUACAUUAUUUUAGUUAUGUUAUAUUUUGUAUAAUCUUUUUUUCUGACAAAUUAAAAUUAUGAUACUUGUGAUAAUAAGGCCACUAAAAUAGUGUUUGUAAAUAUAUAAGUUUUCUAAAGGCUAAAGAUAUACAUUUAUUUGAUUUGGUAUGGCCCCAGUAACAGGCCAAUAUGAAACCAUUAAAAUUUAUGAAAUAAUGUGACUUACAUUUACAGAAGAUUUAUUCCAAUAUUAUUAGAAUCAUAAUGGCCUGUAAAUUGUUCUUUAGAUCUUAGGUAAACUAGGUGAUUAAGAAAUUAAUUAAGCCACUAAUUUCGAUUUGAAGAACCUGUAAUGUAUAAGGAUCAUAGACAAUUACUAUUGUGUGAUGAAGUAAGACUACUGCCAGAAGAAACUCUUCCUUAUCAACUAUGACUUUCCAACUAUCCCACCAUGGAAUUCUGAUCAGAGUACCAAGGGUUUUGUGACACUAAGAGCUAUCCAUCCAUGUAAUAAAAUGUAUACGCAGAUGUAAGGAGUUUCCUCAAAAGUUUAUCCCAAAAGGGAUUUGAUUACUUCAUUCAUCACAAUUUUUGUCUAUGGCUUGCAGUUAAAUCUGCAACACCUUAGCAUUGUAAAUUGGCAAUGAAGUUCUUUAUUGCGGUUCCAAACUUUAAAACAAUUACAAUUUUAUUUUUGAAUCUCUGCUACAUAAAAAUUAUGCAAUUCUAAAUGUGCGUAGACUAUUUACUAAAUACUCCUUCGUUGUACAGUCAGGAGCAAAAUAGGAGGAUCAUAUGUAUAUUUACACAUUUUAGUAACAAUAAACAUUCAAUGAACUUUUUCAGGAAUAAAAAAAAAUGAAUUAAGAAUUAUACGUCAAAUGUAUUCUUCAAAAUAAUGUAGUAAAUUCAACAACUGAAAGUUUCGUGAAUUCCCAUGGAGGACUCUUGCCGUUUCGUGGUUCCAGGGCUUUUUCAUAUGAGUUUUUUUGCCAAUACUUAGUUAUCUCUCUUUUACUUAUUCACUUACUGAAAAUAAAAUUGCAACAUUAAUUAUCUCUGUAUACAUACAAAAACAACAGUAAAGGAAGUAUAGAAGGAGGGUAUAUUUGUAAAUUGAAGUAACUACUCUUAAGUAAUUUUUCUUGCUUUUAUUACAGUUCAAAUAACUAUGCAACUGAAUAAAAUAAUACACAUUUUUUUUCAUUUAUAUACUCAACUCUUUUUUGCAUGUUUAUUUAGAUCAUAAUACUUGCUAUGUAUUUUCAAUGUAUGACGGCAUGACGCGUGAGUCAAGUCUCAAGUGUAAAUGCAUUUAGCUCAUGCAUAGGAAUGUAGGAAUGCUCAUAAGUUUUCUGACUGUUGUGAAUGUGCAAUAAACAUCUUGACAUGUAUUUAAUGCUGAUAAAAAAUAGACCAUACCUUUACAUUAAAUACGGUGGUCUUUACGUUAAAUAUUGUUUAAUUUAGAUACUCUAUGACUUAAAUUAAGUAUGUUAAUUUUAUUUUCAAAUCACAGUUUUAUAACACUGCUAUAGCCAUUCCUUAAAAAUACCUCUUGGUUUUGAUUAACGUUGUUAGGUAUUUUAUUGAAAAAAAUUUAAUGUUGUUUUUUAUUAUAGUUUAAAAAAAUAUUCCCUAUUUUGCAGUAUUAUAAGUUUUUAUAAGCUGGUAAUAUAGGCUCAGGUGUAUGUGGAAUUGCUAUAAAUGUUUACCUGUCUGACAUAAUAAUGAAUUUAACCGAAAAUCUGUACCUAAAUGAAAUGUUUAACCUU